ACCUGGGAGCGGGCGUCGGGCUCUGGAGGGGCCAUGGAUGGGCUCGGCCGCCGCCUCCGAGCCAGCCUGAGACUGAAGCGCGGCCGUGGGGGAUCCGUCCAGAACACUCCGGGGGAGGAUGCCAAGGAACCAGAAAGGGCCCCGGAGCACUGUCUGCCCAGCUUUGCUGGAGGACAGCAUUUCUUUGAAUACCUCCUCGUGGUUUCCCUCAAAAAAAAGCGGUCAGAGGAGAGUUACGAGCCUACGAUCACCUACCAGUUUCCCAAGCGGGAGAACCUGCUCCGGGGCCAACAGGAGGAGGAGGAGCGGCUGCUCAGUGCCAUCCCUUUGUUUUGCUUCCCAGAUGGGAACGAAUGGGCACCACUCACUGAGUAUCCCAGGGAGACCUUCUCCUUCGUCCUGACCAACGUGGACGGGAGCAGGAAGAUCGGAUACUGCCGGCGUCUCUUGCCCGCCGGCCCUGGCCCUCGGCUCCCCAAGGUGUACUGCAUCAUCAGCCGCAUCGGCUGCUUCGGCCUGUUCUCCAAGAUCCUGGAUGAGGUGGAGAAGAGGCAUCAGAUCUCCAUGGCGGUCAUCUACCCGUUCAUGCAGGGCCUCCGGGAGGCGACCUUCCCUGCUCCCGGGAAGACCGUCACUCUCAAGAGCUUCAUCCCUGACUCGGGCACUGAGUUCAUCUCCUUGACGCGGCCCCUGGACUCCCACCUGGAACACGUGGAUUUUAGUUCUCUGCUGCAGUGUCUCAGUUUUGAACAGAUUCUUCAGAUCUUUGCCUCGGCGGUGCUGGAGAGAAGAAUCAUCUUCCUGGCAGAAGGUCUCAGCACCCUGUCUCAGUGUAUCCACGCUGCCGCCGCGCUGCUUUACCCCUUCAGCUGGGCACACACCUACAUCCCUGUUGUCCCCGAGAGCCUUCUGGCCACUGUCUGCUGCCCCACCCCCUUCAUGGUCGGAGUCCAAAUGCGCUUUCAGCAGGAGGUUAUGGAGAGCCCCAUGGAAGAGGUCCUGCUGGUGAAUCUUUGUGAAAGAACCUUCUUAAAGUCAGUUGGCGACGAAAAAGACAUCCUGCCACCCAAGCUUCAGGACGACAUCUUGAACUCUCUUGGGCAGGGGAUCAGUGAGUUAGAGACUUCAGAAAAAAUCAACGAGCAUGUUUCAGGCCCUUUUGUGCAGUUCUUUGUCAAGACUGUGGGUCACUACGCUUCCUAUAUCAAGCGGGACGCAAGUGGGCAAGGCCACUUCCAGGAACGGGCCUUCUGUAAGGCUCUGACCUCCAAGGCCAAGCGGCGAUUCGUGAAGAAGUUUGUGAAGACACAGCUCUUCUCGCUUUUCAUCCAGGAAGCUGAGAAGAGCAAGAACCCCCCUGCAGGCUAUUUCCAACGGAAAAUACUUGAAUAUGAGGAACAGAAGAAACACAAGAACUCAAGGGAAAAGACUGUGAAGUAAGGCCUGUGGUGAACAGUGGGGGCUAGAGCUACAGGCCAGUUUUGGACUUUGGCCGGGACCACGCGGUAGGAUCGGCGCAGCGCUCGGCCCGGGAGUCCCGUCUUCCUCCAAGUCUCGCUCCCCGCCGGUGUCUUGAGCUUGGGACCCCCAGAAUCGGCUUUCUCAGGACGCUGGGCGGCUCGGGCCACUGCUCGCAGAGCAGGGCUCCCUUUGCAGAGGCGCCGCGGAGCAGGAAACAGCGGCGCACAGGUGUUAAAGCUGCUGCCACCAACCUGUCCCAGGGACUGCUGUCACACAGUCCUCCAGGGAAGGCGUUGUGGACACGCGAAG